AUGCCAUUGCCGCAGGGGCCUGGUACGGUCGUCGGCGUCGACUUCUUCGGACCUCUGCCAGUGACUGCCAAGGGCAACUCCUACAUUUUGUUGUUCACAGACCGUUUUAGUCGAAGGGCCGACAUGUUCGCAGUUACAGCGGCGGAAUUUACGGCGAGAGGGACAGCUCACAUCUUCGUCAACCAAUACAUGACCAAGUGGGGAUGUCCGACUACGUUAUUGUCGGACAACGGACUGCAUUUCUGCUCGAAGCUCUCCAUGGCGAUCUACGAGGUGAUGAAGAUCAAGAAGGUCACCACCAGCUCCUACCACCCACAGAUCAACGGCGGCACGGAAAGCGUCAACCACACGAUGGCCCAGAUGCUUGCGGUGGUCGUCAAGGAACAGCAAAACGAUUGGGACAUACACCUCCCGCAUGUUGAGUUUGCCUACAAUGAUUCCGUGAAACAGUCUACUGGAAUAGCGCCAAACGAGAUCCACAUCGGACGCAUCCCGCGACUCCCGCUUUCGGUCUUCGAUCAUCCCACGGUAGGUGGUCAUCAAAGCUUGGCCCGCGAUCAAGUCGAGUAUUGCAACCUGGCUGUCGAUCGCCAGCACCGGGCCUACGAACUUGUCCGUGAGUACAACGCCCUGAAGAUUUCGCGAAUCGAACGCCGCAUUUCAUCCCUGCUGGACGCCACUCACAAGCUCCCUCAGUUUACCGUUGGCGGGUGGGCUUGGGUGUACAACACGGCUGCUACAGUUCGACAGGGCGUGCAGAAGGACACGGACCAACAGGUGCUCCAGGCCAAAUUCGCACUUUCCUGGACGGGGCCCUACAACGCUCUUGCGGUGGGUCCCACUUCUGCCGACGCCACUCCGGACGGCCGCCCGUUGGCGCGUAAACUCCUCUACCUGCACCUGCCUUCCGAUCUUUCCGGCCCGGCAGCUCGUUGUCGCGUGUC